UUUGAAUAUGUGUCGCCCCGGGAUUUUCCAGGGGUCUGAAUCGUUUGCGGCAUUCCUUGAUUGGGCUGCGCACUGCAAGGACGAUUUAAAAGGUGACCAUGCCUAGAGGGAGAAAACGUGUGCAGGUGGCCCCGCAAGACCAAAAUGGAUCAAAUACUAAACGGGCGCGUUCUUCAAAGAGGGCAGCUCCGCCCAAUGCACCUAACCCGUGUGUCCCUGAACAACACUCAUCGGUUCCCUCUCAGCACGUAAAUGUUCCCUCCGCAGACGAAAUUGCAGAGGCCCUUCUUAAGAAAAUUCAAAAUUCUACUGUUAACGUUAUUAAUGAGCCCGUUUCGUCAACCCAGUCUGUGUCCGCUCCUUCAACAACGCCUGGCAUCGACCAUCCAAACUUACAAACUGUCACUAGCCAGCCGCCCAGUGUUACACCUAUGCCGCAAGAUCUGCUGUCUUUAAUUGGCAACCUGUCCUCACGCUCUACGAUCAGCCAACCUGUACCAUCAGCCACCAGUGACAAUAAUUUACCAUCUGUUAGUUCUGUCGAAGGUAGUACAACAAUACCUGUAAAUUUUAGCAACAUUUCUCUUGUCAAAAAUGCUUUACCAUUAGCUUAUCAUGUAAGUGACACACUUAAGAAUUCCGUUUUCGAUGAUGUAUAUGUAGACCUUGCCGCCUUGUUACCACACGUCAAGCGACCUGACGAAGUGCAUGAUAUUUCGUCAGGUGUCAAACUUCUAACAAACUGUCAUUCAACUCCUAUAAAGACACUGUUCAAUGUCCAUCAAUGGAACAAUGCAUUUGAUAUUUACAUGUCCCUAUAUAUUACAAAAUACCCAUCGCUCGCUUUAGACCUAAUAAAGUAUGGAAACAACAUCAGAAAAUUGGCAUUAGACUUUGGUUUCCAGGCGGCAAGGUUCUAUGACGAAGAGUUCAGAAAACUUCGUCAAGUCCACAAACUCGAGUGGUCAGUUAUGCAUGAUGAGUUGUGGCGGGUGGCAACAAGCCAGAACAAAUCUGGCCUUUACAACCUCUUCUCUAAUUCAAAGCGUGGCAAAGCCCCCUUUCUUGGCAGGAUCCAGCAGAGACCAGAAUACCCUAAAGGUUUCUGCUGGAGAUUCUGUGCUACAGGGCAGUGUGGUUUCAAAGAGUGUAAACUCAAACACCUGUGCGUACACUGUGGCAAAAAGCAUGCAUCAGACACAUGUACCUCUGCGAAGAAAUCACAAAUUUCCCCAAAAUCUCAAAACACCAGUGAAGUGUGAUAGGUUAGCGUAUCAUCUUAAUGGCUACAAUAAAUUUGACAGAGAUUUUUUACUCUCGGGUUUUUCCGUUGGAUUUCGUAUUGGUGCUGGACCUUCCAUACAGUCAGUUUUGAAAUGUAGAAAUCAUAAAAGUGCUAUUGAGAACCCCGAAAUUGUCUGGGAAAAAAUAAAUAAGGAAAUAAAAUUAGGUCGAUAUAGAGGUCCUUAUGAUCAACCCCCCUUUCCAAAUUUUGUUUGUUCACCUUUAGGUUUGGUUCCUAAAAAAGAAGUAGGAAAAUAUCGUGUCAUUCAUGA